UCUCAUCUGUGGGUCUGAGGCAGUGUGUGCCAUGGUGUUUUCCUUUUUUUUUUUUUUUUUUGACAGCUGUAUUACUGCUGAUAAGCGAGACCGUGUGAGCUGAUCAAGUAGUGAGACAAGCGUUCAGAGCAGUAGCAGCACAGCAGCAGCAGCGCUCCAGUCACUAGGAGCCGUGGCAGCAGCAGCAGCACAAGCAGAAGCAGCAGAAGCAGCAGAAGCAGCACUAUCAGUCACAGCACAGGCAGCAGCGGCAGCAGCACAACAAAACUCUCCUGUCUCUGUCUCUUCUCUCUGGAGUUGUUUCCUGCUCAGAGGACCAAAGGAAAAACAAGUAGGAGGAAAGUGAUCCCGGGCUGAUAGCUGCCAUCAACACAAAAACCAAAACGCAGACCUGGCUGCCCCCAUGCCUAUCGAAUUUGUUUGCAAAAUCAAAUUUGCAGAGGAGGAUGAGAAGCAGAAAACCAAGCAGGAUGGGGACAAGGAGAGCCUGAUCGAGGAGAGCUGCUCACCACCGGCCAAGGAUUUGGCCGGGUUUGCUAACUCCUGCUCCCUGCAUGGGAUUAACCACAUCUUUGUGUCUGGUCGCCUGGGCAUCCGGCAGACUCUCUGGGCUCUUGCCUUUUUGACUUCACUGGCUCUGUUUCUUUACCAAGCGGCCAAGUGUGCCAUCUCUUACCUGGAGCACCCGCAUGUUACAGCUCUGAACGAAGAGGCCACACCUGAGAUGGUUUUCCCCGCUGUGACCAUCUGCAACAUCAACCGCUUCCGCUUCUCCGCGCUCACCGAUGCCGACAUCUACCACCUGGCUAACUUGACAGGUCUGCCGCCCAAAAACAGGGAUGGACACAAGCCCACCGAUUUAAUGUACCCUGCCCCUGACAUGCAGGACAUCUUCAACAGGACGGGACACCAGUUAGACGAGAUGCUCAUGAGUUGCAAUUUCAGUGGACAGAACUGCUCAGCCGAGGACUUCUCUGUGGUGUACACCAGAUAUGGGAAAUGUUACACUUUUAAUGGCAACAAGACCACAUCCAGGAAAACCAAGCAGGGCGGAAUGGGAAACGGACUGGAGAUCAUGUUGGAUAUUCAGCAAGAUGAGUAUCUGCCCAUAUGGAGAGAGACAAAUGAGACGUCCCUGGAGGCCGGCAUUCGAGUUCAGAUCCACAGUCAGGACGAGCCUCCCUACAUCCACCAGCUGGGUUUCGGAGUCUCUCCGGGCUUCCAGACCUUUGUUUCAUGUCAGGAGCAGAGGCUGACCUACCUGCCCCAGCCCUGGGGGAACUGCCGUUCCACCGGCAAAGAGAAGUUCCCAGGGUACGACACAUACAGCAUCAGCGCCUGUCGUCUGCUUUGUGAGACCAACGAGGUGCUGCGAGUGUGUAGCUGCAGGAUGGUGCACAUGCCUGGAACUGCAGAUAUCUGCCCUCCCAGUAAAAUCAACUGUGUUGACAAAGCACUUGCUCAGCUACAGAAGAACAGUGGGGAUACCUGUCCAUGCGAAACGCCCUGUAAUCUCACCCGCUACGGUAAAGAGCUCUCCAUGGUCAAAAUCCCCAGCAAAGGCUCUGCUCGCUACCUCUCCAGGAAAUAUGACAAGUCAGAGGACUACAUCAGAGAUAACUUCCUGGUGUUGGAUAUCUUCUUUGAAGCUCUGAACUAUGAAACCAUCGAACAGAAGAAAGCCUAUGAUGUGGCCGGUUUAUUAGGGGACAUCGGUGGGCAGAUGGGCUUGUUCAUUGGAGCCAGUAUCCUGACAUUCUUAGAAAUACUGGAUUACAUCUAUGAGGUGAUCAAACACCGGCUACAACGUCUGCUGAGGCCGCAGAAAGACGACAAGAAGAACAAACAGCAGACCAGCACUGUAGCAACAGUGGGUCUGGAGGAGAUGAAAGCAAAGGAGCCCAAUGACAUGACGCGGAGUCAUCCGGAGGGGGCGUACGCCAACACCAUCCUGCCCAUGAACCACCACCCCACACCCCCACCACCAUCACACAGGGCACCAUGGAGUGUUUGAGGACUUCGCCUGCUAGAGCCGACCAUCAUCUCCAGUCCUGGUGACACCAAAAGAUCAAAGUGUGUGUGUGUGGUUCUCGCUAACAGAGCCUCGGCGUUUCUUGUCAGUCCUUUGUUGUCACCAGUGAAAAAGCUACAGCCAAAGUCGAACAAUAACUUGUGCUGCUAAAAAAACCCACUUAAACAUACAGUACGUAGGCACAAAUUGGACACCGCUUUUUCCUUUUCUUCUGUCCGGAUGGGACCCCUCUCAACUUCGCCCCGCUUUAAGUCGGGCACUUUGUGAUUCAGGACCAGCUUUUGGUACGUGAUCAUGACAAGGGAACACGAGGAGGACUGCAUGUCACCUUGAUCCAGAAAAGGAAAACUAUGAUUUAUUUAUUCAACUAGCAUCUCAGCUGCUAGAUUUUGUUUAGUUUUUCUAUCUGUAUCCCCCGAUUUACUUACCUCUUCUCCAACUAUUCCUCCACACUGUACCAUAUCAA